AUGGGUCAGCAAGGGAGCCAGCUGAUGAAGGAGAUUGAGGAAAACUCCAAUUUCUCCAAACAAGAAAUCAAUCGCCUCAAGCGACGCUUCAUGAAGCUUGACCGCGACGGCUCAGGUUCAAUCGAUCGUGAUGAGUUCCUCCAGAUUCCCGCAAUAGCAAACAAUCCCCUCGCCCUCCGCAUGAUCGCAAUCUUUGACGACGAUGGAGGCGGAACCGUCGAUUUCCAGGAGUUCGUCGCUGGUCUCUCCGCCUUCAGCUCGCAAGGAUCGAGGGAGGAGAAAUUGCGCUUCGCCUUCAAGGUGUACGAUAUGGAUCGCGAUGGGUUGAUUAGCAAUGGCGAGCUCUUCUUGGUGCUCAAGAUGAUGGUCGGGAACAACUUGAAAGAUCAACAGCUGCAGCAGAUUGUGGACAAGACUAUUAUGGAGGCGGAUACCGAUGGCGACGGCAAGCUCUCCUUCGAGGAGUUCACCAACCAGGUUGCGAAUACCGAUAUUGCGCGGCAAUUGACCCUCGACGAAGGAUUCUAG